CCAACGGACAAUAGCACAAAAGCCACAGAGUUCAUCCUCUUGGGAUUAACAGAUGACCCUAAUCUUCAGGUCCCCCUCCUCCUGGUACUUUUGUUCAUCUACCUCAUCACUCUGGUUGGGAAUAGGGGGAUGAUGGUGAUCAUCCUCUCAGACCCCCACCUCCACACUCCGAUGUAUUUCUUCCUCGGUAACCUCUCCUUCAUAGACCUGGGUUACUCAUCAGCAGUAGCCCCUAAGACGGUGGCCACCCUGCAGUCAGGGAGCAAAGUCAUCUCCUACAAUGGCUGUGCUGCCCAGUUCUUCUUCUUUGUGGGUUUUGCCACCGUCGAGUGCUACCUCCUGGCCUGCAUGGCCUAUGACCACCAUGUAGCCGUAUGCCGGCCUCUUCAUUACACCACCACCAUGACAGCAGGUGCGUGCGCCCUCCUGACUGUUGGCUCCUACGUCCGUGGCUUCCUCGAUGCUUCCAUUCACACAGCAAACACCUUUAGACUCUCAUUCUGUGCUUCUCAUGAGAUUAAUCAUUUUUUCUGCGACAUUCCUCCACUCUUGGCUUUCUCAUGUUCCAGCACACACAUCAACAACUUGGCUGUCUUCUGUGUCGUGGGCUUCAGUGUCUUUUUCAUUCUCCUGGUCAUCCUCCUCUCUUACCUCUUCAUAUACAUCACCAUUCAAAGGAUGCAUUCUGCUGAAGGACGGAAGAAAGCCUUCUCCACCUGUGCCUCCCACCUCAUUGCUGUAACCAUCUUCUAUGGGACUAUCAUCAUGUACCUACAGCCCAGCUCCAGCCAGUCCAUGGACAUGGACAAAAUCGCUUCUGUGUUUUACUCGGUGGUGAUUCCCAUGCUGAAUCCCUUGAUCUACAGCCUUAGGAACAAAGAAGUAAAAAAUGCUCUCUGGAAAGUACUCAACAAACUUUAUCCCAAGUCUGUAAGUGUGAAUAGGAAGUAG